AUGGGGUCUGGGUUCUGUUCCAUGACAAGAACCGCCAAGCAGCCAGCAAAGGAGGAAGCACAGCCGGAGCAACCACCGCCACCCAACGACCAAAACGCCACCCAACCACCACCAGCCCAAACACCACAAACAGCAACCAUGAGCAGCUCAAAGGGUGACAUCUACCAGGACUCGCUCGAGUACCACGCCAAGCCCACGCCAGGCAAGCUGGCCACGUUCAUCACAAAGUCCACCUCCAGCGUGCGCGACCUCUCCCUCGCUUACAGCCCGGGCGUGGCGGAGCCAGUGCGCCAGAUUGCCAAGGACAAGGAGAACGCCUACGUGUACACGGGCAAGGGCAACACCGUUGCCGUCAUCUCCAACGGCACUGCCAUCCUGGGCCUGGGCAACCUCGGCGCCCUCGCCAGCAAGCCCGUCAUGGAGGGCAAGUGCCUCCUCUUCAAGACCUUUGCCGACAUUGACGCCGUGGACAUUGAGGUCGACACCAAGGACGUUGACACGCUGGUCAACGUCGCCGCAGCCAUUGGCGAGACGUGGGGCGGCAUCAACCUGGAGGACAUCAAGGCCCCCGAGUGCUUUGAGGUGGAGCGCCGCCUCAAGGAGCGCUUGUCCAUCCCCGUCUUCCACGACGACCAGCACGGCACAGCCAUCGUCACCGCCGCGGGCCUCCUCAACGCCCUCGAGGUACAGGGCAAGGAGCUCAAGACGGCCCGCAUCGUCUGCGUCGGCGCCGGUGCCGCCGGCAUUGCGUGCAUGCGCCUCAUCCGCACCCUGGGCGCCACCAACGUGCUGCUCAUCGACUCGCGCGGCGUCAUCUACAAGGGCCGCGAGAACGUCAACGAGUACAAGGCCGAGUUUGCCACAGAGGGCAAGGAGCGCACCCUCGACGACGCCAUUGACGGCGCUGACGUCUUCAUCGGCGUCUCCGGGCCGGGCAUCCUCACCGCAGACCACCUCAAGAAGAUGGCCGACAAGCCCAUCGUCUUUGCCUGCUCCAACCCGGAGCCCGAGAUCCAGCCCGAGCUUGCCCUGAAGACGCGCCCCGACGUCAUCCUCGCCACGGGCCGCAGCGACUACCCGAACCAGGUCAACAACGUCCUCUGCUUCCCCUUCAUCUUCCGCGGCGCCCUCGACGCGCGCGCCAGCGCCAUCAACGACGCCAUGAAGGUGGCCGCCGUCGAGGCCAUCCGCGGCCUGGCAAAGGAGGAGUGCCCCAAGGACAUUUGCGAGCUCUACAAGGCAGACCUCAAGUUUGGCGCGCAGUACAUCCUGCCCAAGCCCAUGGACAAGCGCCUCAAGCCCGUCGUGUCGGAGGCCGUGCGCAAGGCCGCCGUCAGCUCCGGGGUUGCCCGCGCCAAGCUCUGA